AAACUCCACACACAACACCGAGAACAACAUCGCCUUUCUUCUCAGAAGAGUGUGGAAGAAGAGAGUCGAAGAUGACGGAACCACGCCAGCGUCCACGCGCCAAAGGCCAACCCAUUUUUAACCAAAAUGACCUCAAUGAGCUGCUCUACGCGUUUGGCGACAGCGCGCAACCACUCUCCACUACAGUCACCACCCUCGACGAGAUUCUCGCCGACUUCAUCAUUGAAACAUGCCAUGCAGCCGCUCUCUGCGCAUCCUACUCGCGCCGCCAAAAGAUCAAAAUCGACGACUUCCGCUGGGUACUGCGCAAAAACCCGGCUCUGCUGGGGCGUGUGAAUGAACAGCUGUUUCGUGAAAAGUACAUCAAGAAUCAGCGACGACUUGUGGACUUUGAUGCGUACGGAAAGGAAGGCGCUGCGGAGUUGGCGGACAUCGCUGCGGCAGGCGGGGCGGAUGAGAGUGAUCUGAAGGCUGGGAAGAAGGGGAGGGGACGUAAGAAGAAGAGGAAGGCAGAGGAUGAAGGUGGCGCAGGUGGAAGCAAGAAGGCAAAGGGGAUAUGAAGUUGGUGAAGAAGUGGGCGGAGGCGAUGCUUGAGAAGAGGAGCUUCGCGCGUGGUUGAUGCGAUGACAAUUCUUUCAGCGAUGGCGUUGGUUGGACAUAUGGAUGCAUUACGAUACCCAGCAUGGCACAUGGUUUCAAGCGUGUCUUGAUCAAUUUCCUAUUCCCAGAAGUGGACACUGUUUCUGCAUGGAAGCUAUGCGUUCUGGUUUUUGUCCGAAUGGACAUGGCAGUUCGUAUAUACUAAUAAGCUAUAGCAGAAACUCAGAUAAUAACCCAUGUUAGCAACUAUAGACGCUCAACAGAACGAGCGGUCCUGAU